GCGCCAUUUUAAGAAAGGAACGAUUCGUUCUGCGUGUGGAGAAUACACGUUGGGUGUUGUGUGGACCGAAAUACACACACAACUACUAGGAGGAUACAAAUAAUAAUAAUAAUAAUAAUAAUAAUAAUUAAUGCACGAAGAUUUCCACAGACACACACAGAGGGGUUUGGGUUGAAGUCUGAGGUUUCGUGAGACCUGAAUGCGAAGCUGAGGUGAACGAUGACUCAGUUUCUCCCCCCAAACCUGUUGGCAUUGUUUGCUCCGCGGGAUCCGAUACCGUUCCUGCCCCAACUUGAGAAGCUUCCCCAUGAGAAACACCACAAUCAGCCGUACUGCGGAAUUGCCCCUUUCAUUCGGCAUUUUGAGGACCCCAGAGAUGCUCCACCACCUACAAGAGCAGAGACACGGGAUGAGAGGUUGGAAAGGAAGAGAAGAGAGAAAAUGGAAAGGAGGCAAGUAGUGGUGGAAGCAGAGCUAAAGCAAUGGGACCCACACAAUGAUCCUAAUGCUCAGGGAGAUGCAUUUAAGACCUUGUUUGUGGCUCGUGUUAAUUAUGACACCACAGAAUCCAAGCUGCGUCGUGAGUUUGAAGUCUAUGGUCCUAUCAAGCGAAUCUACAUCGUGUACAACAAGAAAACUGGAAAACCAAGAGGCUAUGCAUUUAUCGAGUACGAACACGAGAGAGACAUGCAUUCUUCCUACAAGCAUGCAGAUGGAAAAAAGAUUGAUGGACGUCGAGUACUUGUUGAUGUUGAAAGGGGACGAACAGUCAAAGGAUGGCACCCUCGUAGGCUUGGUGGAGGUCUUGGUGGUACAAGGAGAGGUGGGGCAGAUGUUAACAUCAAACACUCUGGCAGAGAUGACGCCUCCCGAUAUGAUGACCGACCAAUUGGAGGUGACCGGGAUCGUGGUGAGCGCAGGGAUCGCAGUCGUGACCGUGACAAGGAACGCGGAGAGCGUCGGCGCUCUCGUUCCCGAGAAAGGCGCAGACACACCAGGUCUCGUGAGCGUGAAAGGGCCAUUGGUGCUCCAGUGGAGGAGAUUCCAGGCAGCAGUCGACGGCGAGACAGGGAAAGAGAGCGAGGUGGUGGUGGUGCUGCUGGAGGCAGCAGAGAAAGAAGUAGAGACCAAGAUAGAGAGCGAGACCGCAAGAGGAGAAGCAGAAGCAGAGACAGAAAGAGAGACCGGGAAAGAGGGAAGGGUGCAGAUGGUGGCGAAGAGGGCAUGGGCGGGCUAGCUGAUGGGAUGAUACCAGAAGGAGAAAGAGUUAUAGAGGAAUCCUUGGGUGGUGAACGGGGAGAGGAUGGAGGACCGGAAGGAGAAGAGAGAGUGAGGGAGAGAGACAAAGAGAGGGACAAAGAUCGGGACAGGAAGCGAAGCCACAGAGAUAAGGACAGGGAUAGGGAUCGUGACAGAAGACGAGACAGGGAUAGAGAUCGUGAACAUAAGCGCGACCGGGGUGAUCGGGACCGUGGAGACCGUAGGGAAGACAGACAUGUAUCCUCAGGUGAUCAGGAAGGUUUGGGUAAUGGAGGUGAAGAGGGUGAAGAGCCAGUGCCACCACAGUCAGAGGAAGGCUCACAGGAUGGGAUGAUGAUGGAUCAGGAUUCCAUGCAGUCAGGAGAGGGCUAUGCCUCCAAUGAAAAUGGUUACAGGAUGGAGGCCCAGGGGGAUGAGUACUGAAAGUGUCAGAGGUUGUGAAUGAUCCAAGGUCAUCCAGAUGUAUUGUUUAUUUGAUUCACAAACAUUCUCCCCCUCACCCAUUAUUUAAUCCACCCUUGCUUGCACCAUGUCCACAUCGGUGUGAGUAUUGUACUGUACUACAAACAGCUAUCACUGAGGGAGCUUGGUGUCUCUCUGGUAAGAAGUGUCCUUUUUGUUAAAACAAGAUUACUUGGCUGAACUGUGACAUUUUUACUUUUAACUCUUAACUUUUGUUUGGGCUUUGUUUUCAUAAAUCACUAAAUAACUAACCUUAAGACUCAUUUGAAUUCCCUGUCUAAAAUAAACUUUGUAACAGUAACCAUAAUGCUGAAAAAUUACAUUUGAAUGAGGCACUCUGUAUUUUACAACAGUGUAGCCUAUUCAGUGGGGGAUAGAUAAUUGUCAUGUUUGGGUCGUUUAUUACCAUUACAUUAAAGCUGUUUAAUUGUUGACUACAAGAGUAGUUUAUUGGUAGUUUAAAUGCAAUCUGUUCCUUUUGUUGGUAAUUUUUUCCCUCCUAUUGCUCUGCAACUGCAAAUUUCUUUGUCGUAUAUUUUGUUUUAUAUUUGGUCCAAUCUGUGGAUCUCUUGCAAACCAAACAGUGAUCCUAAUUUACUGAAAGGAAAAGGGUAGGAUUAAAGUGUGGUUUUAAAAAUGCAAACCACACUUAUAGACGAAAGUGAGGUUUAAAGUAGUAAUGUUUGUCACUGGUUCACACAAAUUGCCCUUAUGGU